GCUCCAGUCAGUGCGCGCCGGGCGGCCGGGUUGCUGCUGCUGUUGCUGCUACCGCCGAGGAGGGCAGGGAACCGGGAGCCAGACAGGGGCAAGGCGGCGGGGCCAGAGCUGCGAGAGGAGUUGGCGACCGCGCCGUCGGGGCCGCGCCGGUCCGAGCCCGGAGCCUGCAUGGGGCGGCGGCUCUGAGCCCUGCCGCCCCACUGCCGCUGCCGUCGCGCUCCCGCCCCGGCCCUGCCAUGGCCGAGGCACCGCAGCUGGUGGACAUCGACCCCGACUUCGAGCCGCUGCCGCGGCCACGCUCCUGCACCUGGCCUCUGCCGCGGCCGGAGUUCAACCCGCCCAGCUCGGCCACCUCCAGCCCGGCGCCGUCGUGCGGCGGGCAGCCCGAUGGGGCGGCCGGGGCCGCGGCUGGUGCUGCCGCCUCGGGAGCGCUCGGCGCCGACUUCAUCAGCAACCUCAGCUUGUUAGAGGAGAGCGAGGACUUCGCGCCGCUGCCCCCCGCCGCCGCCCCGCCGGAGGCGGCCGCCUGCCGCUGCGGGGACUUCCCAGCACCAGAGGCCGGCUGCCGCCUUCAUCCGCCGGGACCGCCGCCGGUGCCGCCGGUGCCGCCACCCGUAGCCGGUCUGUCUCCGGGCCCCGUGGCCGGACAGCCUCGCAAGAGCAGCUCGUCGCGUCGCAACGCCUGGGGCAACCUGUCCUACGCGGACCUCAUCACCAAGGCCAUCGAGAGCUCCCCAGAGAAGCGGCUCACCCUCUCCCAGAUCUACGAGUGGAUGGUCAAGAGCGUCCCUUACUUCAAGGAUAAGGGCGACAGCAACAGCUCUGCCGGCUGGAAGAAUUCAAUCCGUCACAACCUGUCUCUGCACAGCAAGUUCAUCAGAGUGCAGAAUGAAGGAACAGGGAAGAGUUCCUGGUGGAUGCUCAAUCCUGAAGGAGGAAAGAGUGGCAAAUCUCCUAGGAGGCGAGCGGCAUCCAUGGAUAACAACAGCAAGUUUGCCAAAAGCAGAGGCAGAGCUGCCAAGAAAAAAGCAUCCCUUCAGUCUGGUCAAGAGGGAAAUGGUGACAGCCCUGGAUCACAGUUCUCGAAGUGGCCUGCAAGCCCCAGCUCUCACAGUAACGAUGACUUUGAUAACUGGAGUACAUUUCGACCUAGAACUAGCUCUAAUGCUAGUACGAUUAGUGGAAGGCUUUCUCCUAUUUUGCCAGAGCAAGAUGACCUUGGAGAUGGGGAUGUGCACUCCAUGGUAUACCCAUCAUCAGCCACAAAAAUGACUUCUACUCUACCCAGCCUUUCAGAGAUGAGUAAUUCUGAGAACAUGGAAAAUCUUUUGGAUAACCUUAAUCUCUUGUCACCUAAUACGUCAAUGACUGUGUCAACCCAGUCUUCAUCUGCUACCCUGAUGCAGCAAACUCCAGGUUACUCGUUCGCAUCCUCAACCACAAGUAUAGGUUCACCAAAUCCAGACUACAGAAAAUUCACGUAUGCUCAAGCUAGCAUGAACUCUUUGCCCCAGAUUCCUAUGCAGACUCUUCAAGACAGUAAAUCAAGCUAUGGAUCGAUGAGCCAAUUUAACUGUCCCGCAGGGCUUCUGAAGGAGCUACUGACUUCCGAUUCUCCACCGCACAAUGAUAUCUUGGCAUCAGUAGACACAGGUGUUUCCCAGGCUGGUGGCAGGGGGCUGGGCCAAAAUGUGCUGAUGGUUGCUAACUCGGUGAUGCCAACUUACGGCAGUCAACCACCCCACAACAAAAUGAUGAACCCUAACGCCCGCCCUCACCAAGGACAUAACCAGCCAACACCUGCAGUUAAUGGUCGUGCCUUGUCACACACAGUGAACACCAUGUCACAUACAUCAGGUCUAAAUCGCUUGUCGACAGUGAAGACUUCGUUACAAGUGCCUAUGAAUCACCCGAUGCAGAUGAAUGCUAUGAACCCAUACGCCCCUGUUAACAGUUGCAAUGGCUAUGGAAGGGUGGGAAUUGUUUCCCUCCACCAGGAGAAGCUCCCCAGUGACUUAGAUGACAUGUUAAUUGAACGGUUGGACUGUGACAUGGAGUCGAUUAUCCGUAAUGACCUUAUGGAUGGAGAAACAUUAGAUUUUAACUUUGACAGUGUAUUGCCUAACCAAAGUUUUCAGCACAGCGUAAAGACAACCACACACAGUUGGGUGUCAGGCUAGGAUGUAGUAGGAGGCUACGGUUAAAUUCUCCAGACUUGUCUGACAGCAGGAACUGAGAAAAGCAGUACAAAGAUGUCCUUCACCUUCCUUUUUAAUUUUCUUGACAAAGCUGUGCGCAUGCACUAGCUUCUCUUGGGGGUCUUUUUUUUUGUCUUUUUUCAUCCUUUCGUCAGAGUUGGCAGCAGACAGAGUAUUUUCCUGUACAGGAUGUUUGCCCAAGAUUUGCAGGUUAUGUGCUGCUGUAGAUAAGAACUGUGCCAUUGGAAAUUUCAUUACUCUGAAGUGCCAAAUUCACUACACCAUGUAAUCACAGCAAAGACUCUUACUUACAUCAUGUUGUGCUUUCGGUUUUGUACAGUAUGAUCUGUAGAAGAAGAAUUGUUUUUUAAGACUAUCUGUUUUGAUCCAAGAAAAAUUUAUAAACUUUUGUAAGAAUACUGUGAUGAUCUCAUGCCCUAAGUAAGUUUAACCUUCAUUGAUGUUACCUGUGUUUUGAUGAAUUAAGAUAACUGUGGACUUGCCUUGCAGCAGUAUGAACUGCAUUAUUUUACUCAAAUUUGCCACACAUUUCAUAUGGGAACAGAAUAGCCGGUUAAAUAUGAUCCUAAUAAACUCACUGACUAUUCAAAACAAACAGUAGGUUAAAUGCCAUUUGAUAAGUUACCUGUAUUCAUGUAAAUUUAUGCAAGACUAUAUCUGGAUUUCAUUGUCAGACUAAUGACUAUUGUUGGACUUAAGAUAAUUUUUGGAAUACUUUCCAAGCUAUUUUUCUUAUAGUUAAAGUCUACUUUUGUUACAUAGGCAACCUAAAAAAGAUAAAAAAAAUAUCUGAGAUCUGGCAGCAUUCAUAACCUCUUCAUUUUGUACAGUAUUUUAACUGGAUUAAGUACAUGUUUUUAUAAAUUUCCCUAGCACUUGGGAGUGCUAAUAAAGGAAAAGCUUAAUAAGGAUCUUGAAUACGAAACAUUUCUUUCCCUUUUUUGUUGUGUGAUGUAUAAAUAUAGACAACUUUAUGUUUAGGAAAUAUUUAAUCAUUUUUAUAUAUGCAUUUUUAGAAAUGUCAUCUGCUUCUACUAUCAUUUUAACUCUGACUACCACAAAGUGUUAAGUAUUCAUUGUUAGAUGCUUGUACAAUGCUUCACAUUUAUAUUUAUUUCAUAGAGGUCUCAUAAUGUUUGUGCACUCAAGAGCAGGACCUUUUGGAGAAAUUAAUCAUUUUAUUCAUAUAUUAUUAUCAAUUUUAGUAAAAUUGAUGACAAAAUUGCAAUUUGUCUUAAUUAGCACUAGGUUUAGGGUUUGUUGGUGUUCCUGUUGUCAAGCAGUACGUUUGAAGAGGUAAAAGUGCUACUUUUGUGUGGGAGACUAAAACUUCUGUUGUGCCCUGUUGCAGGACAAAACAUUAGCUAGGUUUUUUUUUACAUAAGAAAGAUAAAGUAAGUUGCGAAGUUAUACAAAUAGGUGAGCUUGUGGGUAGGGGAGAGCAUUAAUGAGAGAAGCCUUGUUCCUGUGGGAAAACCUGGUCUUGCUGGAAUAGGCACACUGACAACUACCUGAGUGUUUUCAGGAUUGGGUCUCGAAUAAAUGGUUUCUGAUUUUUUGACAUUGCAUAGUGCAGUUUUCAUGGAUAUGUGGAUAAGAGGCCUCACCUGUGUUUUCACUGGUUACUACACACUAUUGUGUUAGAGAAAUUCUUGGAGCUUUUUUAUGCACUGACAGGAUGAACAUCGUUUGUGCGAGGACCGGUUGUUGUGAAGAAGGGGAGAAAUAUUUUUCCAUAGUUUUUUCUCUUGUCUACAUAACCCACAAUUGGAAAAUAUUCUAAUUGAAACUUAUCUUCCCUGUAGUGAUGCUGUAUGGUGGAGAAAAAAAAUGGGAUGUGCCAACAAAAUUAAGUUUAGUAACAAGCCAUAUAUUUAAUGAUCCUGUUAUGACUUUCCUAAGGCUCUGCAAUAUAUUUAUUGAUGUGCUAGCAUUUAGCUCCCUGUUGGCUUAUAUCACUACCAAUUACAGCUGGUUCUACUUUUUUACAUAUCCUACUACGUUUGUCACCCGUUCCAGAGGCUGAUGUUGAGCUAUCCUGUGAUACAGGAUCUCCCCCAGCAUGAAAUCAGUCUUUGAACUUCGUUGAGCAAAAUGAAAUACUCUUAUUGCUGAAGCCUCAAUGAAGCUGCCUGCUUUCACAGGCAAGUAUCUAGUAGCGUCUUCACCAUCGAAUUCAUAGUGUCUGAAAUGUGACAAUAAAUCCUGUCAGUGGAGCAAGCAAGAGAGCUCACAUAUGAGUUUCUGGAGAUCCUUCUUUCUGCUGCAUGUACAAAAAUGUUUGCUCCCAAAUGGGCGUUGAUAUGCAUAGGGCAAAGCAGUUGUAAAAUUCACCUCUGCAUGCAAAGCGAGCAUCUUAAUACUGAACUCCAUGGGGUUACAGCUGAACAUGCUACAUUUAACAAUAUACCUCCUGGGUUUUAUUUACUGCUACUGUAUAACUUCCUGUAUAGAGGUAUUUUCUUAAUUCCCUUUUAUAAUUAUGAAUAACCUAAAUGUAGGCAUUCCUUAAUUACAACAGUUUGUAGGAAGCCCCUUUAAGUAUUGUGAGAAAGCAGUUGUAGAUAAUCACAGGUUUGGGCUGUGUGGUCAUUUUUUUGUUUGUUUGUUUUGGUUUAGUUUUUUCUUGUUUUCUUUGUUUGUUUUUUGGUUUUUUUUUGUGGUGCCAUUUUAAUAUUUUGCAGUUGUAAUUCUGGAAUACUGUGAAGUCUGGUGAAGGGACGUGUUGUUGGCCUUGAAAACAAACAUUAUGUGACCUCGAGUAGUAAAACCUUUUUCAGUAAAAGUACCAAGUUUCUGGAGUAACUUAGUUUGUCAGAAUUGUUGUAAAUGAUUGGUUUGUGAAUUGUGCAGAUGAUCUUACCUAUGCAGCCUUGGUUUUGACUUUUCUCUGGUUUGUACUGUUAUUAAAAGUUUAUUGUAUUAUAGAGCUGUUCAGAUAUUUUAAAUAUAAAGAUGUAUUGUUUCCAUAAUAUAGCUAUAUGAUAUAUGUUUAGGUAGUAGAUGCAUUAAUUGGAAAGCUCUGCUUUGAUAAACUGACAAUUUGCCUACACUUAUAAGCAAAAGUCAUAUUGCUUAUUAUUGGCUUAAGUCAACAGAGCAUCCCUAAGAAGAGAAGUUAAAAUUGGACCAAUUAAAAAACAGUAUAAAAUUUGCACUUGUUAAACCACUGGAUGUAUGUUAGUACUUUUUUAUUUUUUUACUGAUCUGAAAUUCCUAUUUUCAUGGUGAAAUUGCUAGGAUCCUUAAUUUAUGACUGAUUUUAAAUAAGGUAUUCUCAUUAUUAUUAUUAUUAUUUUGGUAAUCAUAAUGUAAAAUGAAGCAUGGUUUAUGCAAGCAAAAAAGCAAAUUACUCGGCGUUAAAACUGGCCUCCUUUUUUGAGGGUGUUCCACAAACCAGCAAUAUCGAGAGAUUGGCAUGUACAUACUGCUAGUUCUAUUUGUGAGUGGUGUGACAGCUCUUCAACGCUUCACUGCUCUGACUUAGUCACAUUGCAGAAUUAAAAUUCAUACGUGGAUAUUUUCAGCAAAAGUGCCUGAUGUACUUCUACAGACACACGAGAACAAUCCCUGACAGUUUGUUGUAUAAAGCCAUAAAUGUAUAUAAAUUAUGUUUAAAAAGUUUUGUGUCCUUUCUUGUAUACGGAGAAUGAGAUUUGUACCAGGAUUCUACUUGUGAUUAGUAAUCCUUCUACUCAGACUUUGUUGUAAUCACUUUCCUUACCGCGUAAUCUUUUUAAUGAUGAUGAUGAUCAUUAUCCAUUUGGACAAUCCUGAUGGCAUUAGCAAUUUUAUAUGGAAAAAUACUUCAUGGUACCAAGUCUUGCCUGGCAAGAUGAUACCAUAUUAACAAGCAAACACUAACUGCAGAAUAGUUAACAAAUUUUCCAUUACUUGCUAUAAAGGAAUUUCUCUCUCUUGGCAUUGCUUCUAGAAUUGGAACCAUAGCAGGUACAGGAACCUAAUAGGGCUGUGUUACCAGUGUUUUAUCAACAUAGUGUGCUAAAAGUAACUUGUUUACAAGUCUUUGAGACUAAACGCAAGAAGAAUCCAUGCCUGGCUUGUAGGGCUUGCUAUGUAGAGACGCUUUGUUACUGGAAGCUGCAUUAGGCAGCAUCAGACCAUGUUGCCAGUGCUUCGAGAAGCAUAGUUCAGAGAAAAUGACAAAAAACUCCUGAAAUCUUUUCAGAAUGGGUAUUUGUAAGUAUAAGCUCUUAAUAAAAUUGCUAUGACAUGA